AUGGAAUUGAAUGAAUCCUCUGUAGUUGGUUCUCUUUCUGCCGAUCAGAGUAAUGCUAAUGAGAUGUUGUCACAGGCUACUGCGGCAAGCGGAAGUAAUAUAAUGAAAUUUUUUGAAGGAUUAGACAAUAAAAAUAAUCAAACCAAGAAAAAUAUCAGUGAGCAAGAGUUACCUCAAGACGACUCAAGCGACAGAAAUCCAAAGUUAAACAUCCAUCAUUUUGAUGAAGAUUAUAAAUUGAACCCAAAUAAAACAACUAAAGCUUAUAAUUAUAGUAUUAAUGAAAUGUUAUCAAUAAAAGAGUUGAUUCCAAAGGAAUUUAUAGAAGGGUAUGCUAUACAGCUGCCAAAAAAGAAAUUCUGGAGAUUGUCUGGAAGAUUCGCAGAUGGUAAUGGGAACAAUAAAAACGCAUCUCAUAGAUCUAACAAUAACAGAUCAUCAGGUAUCUCCUCAAAUAACAGACCAGCUUCAGGAGAAGGUGGUCAGUAUGGUAGAAGAAAUAGUAAAUCGAAGAUUAGAGGUCCAAAUGUUGGUAAAAAAUCUAACAGAUAUGGAAAGAACGAUAAAUAUGUGGAAGAAAAUGAUAUAAAAGUCAAUAAUAGCGACUUGAUGGAGUUGGAAGGUGAUUUCCAACCUACUGGUAACUCCAUGGCUGAUUUUGAAGCUUGGAAGGCUAAAAUGAAAGAGAUGGAAAAUAAGAAGAAAGGUAUAGUAAUAGAUACACCAAAGAGUGCUGAAGCUUCUUCUAAUGCUAAAUCAGGAGCAAAAUCUUCUACUUCGAUCCUCGACUUUUUAGAAUUCGAAUCAACAGAUUCAUCUGAAAAUAAUGAAAAUGCAACUAAUGAAAUUCCGGUUCAACCUACUUCAAAUAAGGACUCGGGUUCCGGUUCUGGUUCAUCUGAUUCCCAAGAAGCUGCAACAGUAGGCACUUCAAGAUUUUCUUCAUUCUUUGUUGCAUCUCCGUCUUCUACGCCGUUAACAGAUAAAAACAGUGCAUCUUCUCCCGCCCAAAAACAACAAUCUGAUCCUGCAACUUCAACAUCAGGCACAAAUAUUGCUGGUGGAUCAAGAAUGAUGUCAUUUUUUAAGAAUGAAUCCAAACAGUCAGCUGGUGAUAAGAAAACGCAUAAAGAAACAGUUAAUACUCCAAGAGAUGCCAAUAUUCCAAUACCAAGUAAUACACCACCCCAAUUCUCCCAACAACGCAAUGGCCCAAAUGAUGCACAACCACAAAUGUUGCAUCCUCAAGUACAUGGUCAACCACCAUUAAAUAAUAACGCAUUUUUCCAAGGUUUAUUGAACAAAGGUAAGGCUGGCGAAGAGGGCAAUAUGCUGCCACCAGGUAUGCCUCUUCCAGCCGGAGGUCCUGGCCAUUUACAACAACCUCCUCCUCCAGGAAUGGGCCAAGGAUUCCCUAUGGGAAUGCCUCCUCCUCCUCACAUGAUGCCACCUCCAGGAUUCCCACCAUUCCAAGGACAAGGUCUCCCUAUGCAAAAUAAUCCUGAACAUAAAAGAAAUAUUAACAAUGGUUCUCCAAACCCUGCAAAUAAUAGUAAUCAACGAAUGCCACCAAGAGAUCAAUUAAAGAUUCAAAAUACCCAACAAAGAAGGAUGAUGCCCCCAGGUUUCCCUCAAGGUGCGGUUCCACCAGGUUUUCCACCAAUGCAAGGUUUUCCACAAAAUUUUGAUCCAAACAACCGUCUAUCUCCAAAAGGUAUGAUGCAAAUGAAUGGCCAAAAUUUUUAUCCAAUGAUGCCACCAAUGCCAAAUAGAGAUCAGGCAGGUGGAUUUUAA